UAACUUCCUAUACCCUUAUUUUCUCCUGUUCUGGCUGGACAAUUUGGGGGAUUAUUUAGAUCCUCUGGCCGCAGUUCCUGUAACUCUUUCAGCUCCUACUUCAGGGCAGUGUCUUUUCCGCAUAGUGGUGGUUAGACGGCUGUGUUAUAAUAGUCCCCUUGGCCAGUGCGAUACAAAUGGUAAAACCGGUUUUGGGAGAGAGUAGUUAGUAGAACUGUUCCUAUAACUACCUUCCUGUAACUACUUGGUCAAAAAGUGGCUUAUUCCGUCUGUUUUAGCAAAACCUUGACUACUUAGAAUUACUUGAGUACGUGAAUUACUACGAGAUUAAACGGAAUGAACUCUGAAAAGUGGACUGAUGCGGAGGUGCAGGCGCUGCUGGCCCUGUACGCCACUGAGGAGUUACAGAGGGACCUGGAAGGAUCCACAAGAAACAUUAAAAUCUUCGGGAAAAUCUCCAGUGAUCUAGCGCAAAUGGGGGUUCACCACACGGUCAAGCAGUGCAGAGAGAAGGUGAAGAAGCUGAAACAAGACUACAAGAAGAUAAAGGACCACAACAACCAGAUCGGUGCAAAUCUUAAAACAAGCAAGUGGUACGCCACACUGGACGGUAUUCUUGGCCACCGUCCAACAUACUCUGGAAACGCCGACACGAAGGACUCUGCCGCCGGGUUCUUGGAGACAAUCGUCGGCUCCGAGAACACUCCCCCGUCGGAUGAGACAGUCCUUCAAGAUUCCACUUCUACAAGUAACGACACAAGCGCUGGUUGUAAGCAUUCAACCACUUCUACCUCCGGUGAUGUUCGAUCGGACACGCCCAGUUCUCCGGCACCAACAACCUCCAGCAGCACCAUGACGCCGCAGCGCCCAGUAAUGGAUUCCACGACUACGACUAACAUUCCUGUAAACUACAACAUCACCUUCAUCCCCUGCCCUCCACCAGCCCAAACACCUUGCCCCACACAGGACUCACAGGACCCAGAUUUCUACUCUUUUAAAGUAGAAGACAUUGGCAUACCGUACAAGAGUACAACAAUGACUCUCUCUGCACUGGAAAUGUCUGGCAAAGAUAGGCCCUUGCGCUUCUGGUCAAGUGAAGAGGUCCAAGCACUGCUGACCCUUUGGGCAAAUCCCGCUGUUCAAGAAGAGCUUUUCCUCAACAUGAGGAAUAAUAAAGUUUACACUGGCUUAAGUACUAAGCUAGCGUCACUUGGAUUCAACAAGACACCACAGAAGUGCAGGGAGAAAAUCAAAAAACUGAAGCAAGAGUACAAGAGAUUCAAAAACAGUCCGCACAACAGCACCCAUAGAAGUGUAUGGUUUGCCAUCAUGGAUGACGUCCUCAGUUCCAGGGUUGCAGCAGCAAGAUGUUUAGAAACAACCGAGCCCUCACUGCUCAGUCAGUCACAGUCUGCCCUGGAUGUAGAUACCAUCGAUGACACCCAGUGGUUGCCUGAUGAAGUCCAGGUUCUGAUGACACUGUGGGCACAACCAAACAUUCAGAAACAGCUUCUCAACACAGCAACAAACAAUCAGGUCUUUGUAUACCUCAGCAGCGAACUCACAUUUGUGGGGUUCAACAAGACACCAGAUCAGUGCCGUCUUAAAGUGAAUAACCUUAAGGAGGAGUACAGGAGAAUCAAGGAAUUGGAACCACACAGGGACGUUCAAAACGACUGGUUUGCUAUUUUGGAUGGUGUCCUCGGCCCUGGUGAAGAGACUUUAACAGAGGCGGAUUCAUCUGCUGCGCUGACACAACCGAACUCACCAGAAGGUGAGCAUGCGAAUGAUAUGUCGCGGGCUGUUUGGACAUCAGAUGAAAUCAAGGUGCUGCUCACCCGAUGGGCAGAGGAGAGCAUUCAGGAGCAGCUUAGAUCAUCUCAGAGAAACAAGAGAGUGUUUGCUCAGCUGAGCUCCGAGCUCGCCACUCAGGGCUUCGAUAAAACCACCAGCCAAUGCAGGUCCAAAAUAAAACUGCUGAAACGAAAGUACAGAAAGACUAAGGAACAUAAGGAAUCUAAAAGGCAGAAAGGCAGAUGGUUUGCCAUCAUGGAUAAAGUCCUUGGUCGUUGUAAACCUGUGUCUGAGAUUGAACAAGAAGCUGAAGUCAUGGAUUCAGCCGCUACAUGUCUACAGACAUCACAGCAAGACCAUUCGGAAACAAUGGAAGACUUGGGUUGCCACCUGUCCGUCUCCUCAUUGUGUCUCCUGGUUCCAACCCUGCGUCUGAUGUGUGCAUUUGCCUGGCAAGUGAUCCAGUGUUGUAACGUCCUACAUUAUGGAAAGGUGGAGGAGCUGGUGAGGUUGGUGGCGGAGCUGGCUCCAGAGUUGUUGACGUCCAGAGAGAGAGUGCAACUCCUGCUCCGACUAAGGGCAAGGGUGGUGUUGGACUUGUGUCGCAGUGAGGGCACAGCUAACCUCCUGCACAUCCAGCCUCACCUGACGGUCAUUCAAAACCUCACAACAGGCUCCCCUUGUGAUCAGGAGGAAUUGGAAAAUUCUAAGUCAAACUUUGUGGAAGUUGUUCACACCCUGCUCGAGGACACGGAGAAGAGAAAUAUGUUUUUCAAGGAGGUCUUUCACAUCCACUAUGGCCGGCAGUAUGAGACCACAUUGAACACAUUAGUGUGGAAAUUCAUCUCAAGACUGGAUAAUCUUUUACCUAUACCAGAUAUCAAACAGACUGCUGAGUGGCUCAGCACUGCCCCCUCUGUCAUGGAAGAAUGUGGCCAGCUGCUUUUUGAACCAGAGCAGCUGAAGGCGCUACUGCACUUCCACCAGCAACAGUCGGGAAGCACAAACAAACGCUACUCUAAAACUCAGAAUAUGUUUUUGCCGAGGCUUUCACUUCCUCACAAACCAAACUCUAUGCAACUCGCCUCAGAGCAACAGGCGUCGUCUACAGGAGACACAGAUGAUGGACAGUCUGAUUAUGGAGAGGAAAACCAAAGUGAUGAUGAGCUGGCUCUGGAGGACCUUAGCAAAGGAGAUGAAGUCCUGACGUUGAAAGAAGAACAAACCGAUGACCUAACAGCAGCAAACUGCUCAAAUUUAAACAAUCAUCGGCCAAUAGGACUGCACACCUGUUCUUUGUGUCCCUACUCUGACAGCCAAGUGUCAGGUCUUCUACAGCACAUCAGAAAGGCACAUCUGAGUCAGGAACCCAGCCGACUGCAGUCUAAAGAACCUAGGACAGCCAAUGUCCUUCAGAAAGUUGACACUGAAACAUGCACUCUUGAGACACAACCCUUCCACUGCGACAAGUGCGAGAAGAAGUACUCCUCGAGGGCGUCUCUGAAUGUGCACCGCCGGAGUCACACAGGCGAGACGCCAUAUUUGUGUUCGCACUGCGGCCGGGGCUUCACAACUUCAAAUGGCCUUGAUUUUCACGUUCGCAUACACACAGGGGACCGGCGCUAUAAAUGUCCCAUUUGCGGGAAGACUUCGAUCCAGCACAUGAUGAGACACAUGCGGAUGCACAGAGGGGAAAAGAACUUUCUGUGUACAGAAUGUGGGAAAGCUUUUCUCUCCUCUGGGGAGUUAAAGCUACACAUGAGGUCUCACACGGGCGAGCGCCCGUACACGUGCAAAGACUGCGGGAGAGGCUUCAUAGCAAAGUGCCUAUUGACGGUUCAUAUGCGCUGUCACACAGGAGAGAGUCCUUAUAGGUGUUCGGUUUGUCCGAAAUCCUUUAAGACUUCGAGAAUGCGUAAAAGGCACAUGAUGAUCCACUCAAACAACAAGUCCUUCCAGUGUUUAAAGUGCGGUAAAAUCUUCCGGCAUGAAGACACUUUUAAAAUGCAUGUUCAGACACACGAUUAAAAGUAGUAGCUGGUGUUUUUAUGCAACACUUGUAAAAUAUUUGUAUCAUUU